GCCUCUACCCAUCUCUACGCCGCCGGCCGCCGCUGCCAAAGAGUUCGCCGACGGAACCCUCUACAGUCUACCCAUUUCUCUUCUUUCACUUCUCGCAACUCUUCAUUUUCAGCUUGUUCUGUUCUCGCCGACGGGCUCCAUGACAAGUAUGAAUGAUGAGACAAUUAAUAUAAUGGAAGAAAGCGGAGAAGCUGUGGCAGAAAGUGGACAUGGAACAAGUAGAAGACUUCACACUAGAGGUGUUCCAGUUAGGAAGCGAAAGAAAACUUCUCGUUGUUGGAUAUCAUUUAAAGAAUUGCCUGUAACUGAGGAUCAAAUAGAGCGUGCAGAAUGCAUAAAGUGUGGAGCUGUGUAUAAGUGUGAUUCUAUUACGGGAACAGGUAGCCUUUUACGUCAUCAUGAUACUUGUGAUGUGCUAACGAUUCCUAUUUCUACGGUUGCAUCGGAAUCCGCAUUUAGUACUGCUGGUAGAGUACUAGAUCAAUACCGUAGCUCAUUAUUGCCUGAUACUGUUCAAGCAUUGUUAUGUACUCGAGAUUGGAUUUUCGGUAAAAAAGACCAAGAUCGAACUGAUUUGGAGCAACUUACUGAAGAUGUGUUGGAUUUGCCAUUGAAUGGACAAGGCCACACCAACUAAAGACUUUUUUAGUUUCAUGUAAAGAUUUUCUUUGAAUUUGUAAUAUUUUAGUUUCAAGUAACAUUGGAUUCAACCUAUUAUGAGAAUUGUGAGUCUAAUAUGUUUCAAA